AUGAAUAGAAGCGGCCAACUAACAAUUACUUCGAUCAUCAUUAUUAUUGGGUUUGCCGUGUUUUAUGUCAACUAUACCAUCCAUGGUGGUUUGAAAGUAUUCAGUAAUACUGUAGCAAAGAACAGAGUAGGAUUUGGUGGAUUUGGUGCAGGUGUUGUAGUUGUCGAAGGAAACAAGAAGGAUUUCGUAACGAUGGUUCAACGGACGAUGUUUACUCUUAAUACUCAAGGAUACAUACCGAUGCCCGAUACAAUCAAACGCGUCUGGAUCGAUGUUGGAUCGCAUGCUGGAACGUUCUUAGCUGGGGAUUCGGUUUACUCAGCCGUUUAUUGGCCUAGCCGGACGUCGAAAAAUCUCAGGGAUGAGUUUAGAGAAGCCACCGACAUCAUGACUAUUGCUAUCGACCCUAAUGCCAGAUUUUACGAUGGACUAUCGAAAAUUCCUCGAGUUGUAGCAAUUAUCGCCGCUGUUUAUACGGGUGCAGGUACGCAACUGUUCUAUGAGUACCCUGUUGACGGUUGCAGUAGUUUACUCGAGCCAAAUGCUGAACUUGAUGUGAGUUAUUUUGCUGGUAAAUGGCUGACAGGGUGUCAUCAAGUAAAACAAAUGACUGGUGUUUCUACGGUACGUUUGGAGACAAUUUUGUCGCUGAUUGAUCCUCGUUUAGAUAUUCAACUAUUAAAGAUCGACGCGCAAGGUGCCGACUUAGAAGUUGCUCAAAGCGGUGGAGAGCAACUGAAACGAGUAGGAAAAAUUAUUAUCGAAACGCAAAAAAAAGUGUCCACGAACAACAAGACAAGCAACAUGUUAUAUAAAAACCAGGUUUCUGCUGCUCAUAGUGUAAAAUGGAUGGCUGACAACGGUUUCAUAUUUGACGAAAAGCAAUCGUUUGCAAACAAUGAGGAAAUUAAAGAAUAUAAUUAUGUGUUCAAUAACCGCUAUCGCAACGAUACGUCAUAA